AUGGUGGCCCACUCGAAGUUUCCGAUACAGAAACUACCAUAUUUAGCCUUCAAGGCCGUCGCUGGAAAUUUCGAUUUGGACCAGAGCGUCAAUCUAGCGAUGACUAGCAGAAAAACCAGCAUUAUGAUGAUGGCAAGCAACGUCAUCCCGCCCUGCAAGUUCUCCAUCGACGCUGGUGAUUCGGAGUGCGAGCUGGUCUUCGAAGCCGGCGGUCGAAAAAUCACACGCUGUCUCGAAGAUCUUAAUUCUGCAAAAAGAAAGAUCAGUCGUUUCCUCUGCUCCAGGACAUUCAAAGAACUUCAUCUCAAUGAAGACAGUGAAUGGGGUGUCUCUUGGAUGCCCACAUUACUUAGAUUCGGGAGCGGAACGAUCAAGACGAAGAUGGUGGUCUUUGAGAAGAUCCUCUGCAACACCAUAGCAGCUGGGUUCUUAAAGAGAUGUGACACAAACACACUCGAAUGCGUCGUUUUCGGAAAGAAACAAGACCACAACAUCAUCAUGGAUGCAUCUUUGAAUCUCGGAGUGAAGGAAUGGAAGAUUCAAAACUAUAUGAACGAGAGCAACAUCAGAAAACUCAUCAAACUCGUUGACGGCACUGCAUCUGCUAAAGGAAAGAUGCACUUUGGCGGAUACGAUGCAUUGAGAGUCAUCUCAGAGAUGGUGCUCCCCCAGCUUGUUACUCUCAACAAGGCUGGAUGCUUCGAGUUCAAGCUCAGUCACUCUCGCAAAUGCAGAGUCACCAAGGGAGGAAUGGAGUACACCGUCUCCAUUGAUUAA